UCGCACCGCGGCAGUCGAUCCACCGAGCCCAACCGGACAGGCUCGAGCGUAAAAAUCGCCGUGUCCGCUCAUUUUUUACCUUUUAUAAUAAUCAUAAAUAUAAACAAAUUAUGUGCUUUUACUCAUCGAUCGGGGGAGCUCGCCACGAUUACUGAGUUCAUUGCGUCAAGAGGAGUCAAAAGUUAUUCUAAUCCGGAGGACGUCUAGCGACAACUUCGACGCCCUAUACCUAUCGUCGUUCGCGAUCCCUAUACCGAGCGGCCGUUCGUCUUUCGACCGCGGAUUUAGUGUUUAAAUGUCAGUGAAGUGAGUUAAAUCCAGAUUUCCCCUCGAAACGGAAACGGCCUACGUCGACCGACGACGAGGCAAACAUCUAGCGGUAAACCGUACACGGCAGUCGGCACUACACGGCACAUUCACAGCUCGCGAGCCGCCGCGACACUCGCAACUCGCGACGCUCUCCGUGACUCGCGAGUAAUCACCGGACCCGCACGUUCCGAUUUCCGAGUGCUUCCGACCCGUUCGCGGCACGAAUACUCCUCCAGCGAGAAAGCCACUCUCCCCCGGUGCCCCACGCUAGGAUGGUGGCGAGCCGCUGAGAGCGUCGGUCGGCAACCUCCUACUCCCCGGGGCGGCGCUGGCGGUGCAUGGCGCCAUGAUCAGCGGCGGCUGGGUCUGCGCGCUGCACGUGCGCACGGCGGGGCUGGCGGGCGCCGCGCUCGGCUCCGACGAGGAGGAGAUCGUGUACCUGGCCUAUGUGGUCAUCGACGUCCUCACCAACCAGAUAGUGGGGGAACGCGAGUAUGCGGUGCGACCGACGCGGCGGCCCGCGGCCGAGCUGCUCACCGGCCAGCCGCUGCAGGUCGUCGUGCAGCAGUUCGACGAAUGGGUGCGGUCGCUGCAGGUGGACCCGCACUCGCCGCUCUUCCGGCUCGUCACCGACGGCCAGCCGCCGCUCAGGCAAUGCCUGCACCCGGAGGCGUGCGGCAAGGACAUCAUGCUGCCCACGUACUACGCGCGUUUCCACGACCUGCGCAAGGAGUUCGUGCGCGCCUACACGCUGCGCGCCGUGACGCCGCGCGCGCCGCCCGCGCCCCCCGCGCCGCCGCCGCCCGACCACCCCGCCGCGCUCCACGACAUGCUCGACUAUCUAGGUAUAAGCCCGUACGUGGGCGACAGCCUCUACGCCACCGAGGUGAAGGACAUGGCCAGCAUCAUACAGCGGAUCAUCGAGGACGGCUUCAGGCUCGAGCUGCCGGAGACGAUAGACCUGGUGCUGGAGACUGGCAUUUGCUCAAAGGACGAUGAAAUCGACGGCGACUGCAUAGUGCGCGCCCGCGGCCUGCCCUGGCAGUCGUCCGACCAGGACAUCGCCAAGUUCUUCCGCGGCCUCAAUGUCGCCAAGGGCGGCGUAGCGCUGUGCCUGUCGCCGCAGGGGAGGCGCAACGGCGAGGCGCUGGUGCGGUUCGUGUCGGCCGAGCACCGCGACAUGGCGCUCAAGCGGCAUAAGCACCACAUCGGCCCGCGCUACAUCGAGGUGUACCGCGCCAGCGGCGAGGACUUCCUCGGCGUGGCGGGCGGCGCCACGGGCGAGGCGGCCGCCUUCCUGUCGCGCGGCGCGCAGGUCAUCGUGCGCAUGCGCGGCCUGCCCUACGACGCCACGCCGCACCAGGUGCUCGACUUCUUCGCGAGCGGCGAGGACCCCGUCGCCGUGGUGGACGGCGCGGAGGGCGUGCUGUUCGUGCGGCGCGCCGACGGCCGCGCCACGGGCGACGCCUUCGUGCUGUUCGCGCACGAGGCGGACGCGCCGCGUGCGCUCGCCCGCCACCGCCGCCUCAUCGGCGCGCGCUAUAUCGAGCUGUUCCGCUCCACCAUCGCCGAGGUGCAGCAGGUGCUGAACCGGUCGCUGGAGCGGGGCGGCGGCGCGGGGGCCGGUGCGGGGGGCGGCGCGGCGGGCGGGGCGGGCGGCGCCGCGGCGGCGGCGGCGGACGUGGUGCCGGUGAUGCUGCCGCAGCACGUCAUCACGUCUGGCACGGCCAAGGACUGCGUGCGGCUGCGUGGCCUGCCCUACGAGGCCAAGGUGGAGCACAUACUCACGUUCCUGGACGAGUUCGCCAAGAACAUCGUGGUGCAGGGCGUGCACAUGGUCUACAACUCGCAGGGACACCCCAGCGGCGAGGCGUUCAUCCAGAUGGACAGCGAGACCAGCGCCUUCCUGUGCGCGCAGCAGAAGCACCACCGCUACAUGACCUUCGGCAAGAAGCAGCGCUACAUAGAGGUGUUCCAGUGCAGCGGUGACGACAUGAACCUGGUGCUCACGGGCGGCGCGGCGGCGCCGGGCGUGGUGGCGGCGCCCAAGGUGCUGUCGCCGGGUAUGUGUCAACCGCGACUGCUGGCGCACUCCAUCGCGCAGCACAACCUGCUGGCGCGCCAGCACGAGAGUCUGCUGCUGUCGCUGCGCUCGCCCUACCUGCCCGUGCCCGUGCGUGCGCCCUCGCCCUACUUGCCCGCGAUGCAGCCCGCGCUGCCGGCGCCCGCGCUCCCCGCCAAGCGCACGUACGAGCGCGCCUUCGCGGGGGCGGAGGCCCCGCCGGCCAAGCGGCCGUAUCCGGUGGCGGCGCCGCUGCCGCUGCCCAUGCCGGUGUUCUCGUACGCGUCGCCCGUGUUCACGAGCUCGAGCCCCGCCUUCUCGUACGGCAUGCAGGCGGGGUUGCCGCCGCUGCCGGGCUACGCCCCCGUGUCCUCGCCCUUCCCCCCCCACCUGUCCGUCUUCCCCGCCUACCCCUACUACCCGGGGGUGUAGACGCGCCCGACGGUUUCGCCCUGCGGCUCCGUCGAUGAGUAAUGUAAGUUGUAACUAUAAAUCAGGGUAUAAUAGUAUGACAAUACGCUCAAAAGUUAGUGCCUUUGCCGAUUUAUACUAGCGAAUUAUGAAUUGAUGUUAGGUAGCUUUUAAUGUUAUAGUAUAGGAGAGUUAAGAGUUUCGGGUGGAGUGCGGCGCGGGCGAGCGCUCGCGUUGUUGAGUUUAUAUUGACGUUAUAUUGUUGAUCUUUUUGAAUUAGUUUAUGAAUUCGAGGUUGUUGCGAGAUGUGCCCGCGCGUGUCGCGUGUCGCGGGUCGCGUGUCGCGAUGUUCUCAGACACUCCGCUGCUCUUUGGCCAACGUUGGCUGAUGUAGAGUGUGACGACGGAGCGAGUACUCACUGGAGGUACUUAAUCGAUUAAUACAUAUUCUAGUACGACUUACGAGUUACGAGUAUACACUUUUACGAUACGUUUACAGUUUUAUAGUAGCCGGGUGUUUCGAGACACCGACUAGGAGUUACGACAUUAAAUUUAGGUUCUCGGACGCGUUCCCCCCGCGUCCUCCCACCUCCCCUCCCCCCUACCCACCCCUUCCGCACCCGACCUCGAUAGUCUUAAGAAUUUAGAUCAUUGGAUGAUGGUUUUGGGACUGAGAAAAAAAAGAGCAUAAAAAUUAGCCGACCUUUGCGAACAUUUCGAUAUUAUAAUAAUACGAUCGGUCGCGUCGUCCCGACUCCCGACAUCGCCCGGAUCGAACUGCUCGCAAGGGCGGUCUUGUAUGUGGUGUGAUGGUUAAUAUCUGUGCUGUACUGUAAGUUACCAGGGGGUGUGGUCGCGCCGCCGCCCGCCGCGCGCCCUCGCCGCCCGUCCGCUUGUGUCGGGUUGGGAGACCGCAGUAGACCCGCUUGAUAAAUAAUGUUUAUUUAUAUACGAUGUGUUGAACGGGGUACUCCUUUUAUUCCUUGUGAGCAAAAAUAGGCCAGGUCCGACCAAAAAUAUCGACGGUACUGUCAUCCGGGAGUGACGCGAGUCGACAUGUCAUCGACCAGUCCGACCACCGCGUACCACGACCGGACGAGGUGGUCCGCGCCGCGCCGCCGCCCGCUCGCUGCGUCCCGACGUCGGAGCGGGCGGCGGCGGCGCUCGUAAUGUUAGCCUCAGGGCUCAGACGUUUCAAUGUUUCUACAUUAAUGCUGAGAACUUUUUAUAAUAAUCGUUCAUGCACCUUAUUUUUCCUCGGACGGAGUAAGAGUACACCCGGCAUAAUAUAAUAUUAUUACGAUAAACGUCGACGAUACGAUACGUCCUAGACGAGCUGCGAGCGGCGGGGAGGUGCGCGCCGGGGGCGUGCGGCGCGGGGGACGGGCUCGGUACUCGUGGUAACAUAGGCCUUCAUCAUUUAACAACUUAAUAUAUUAUAUGUUCGACUGUCGAAUACCGUCCCGUGUAGUAGUCGGCCGCCGACCCCGCCGGCGGGGCCCACCUGUCCUUCUGCCGGUGCUUCUCUAUCACCUUCUCCGUUCUGUCUCCGCCGGGUCUCCCCGCUCCGCCGGGUCGUCGGCCCGCCGCUCCACGCGGAGGUGAACGCGCUCCUAGGAAUUUAUCGUAGCGCUAAGAUGUUAUUUUUGACAAGUUUUAAAACUCUGUUGGAAUCGUAAUGAACUUAAAAUAAUUGUGUUAGUGGAUAUCAUUUUUAUUAUAUUUCUUACUUUAAAUAAAUCAUUAUUUUUCGUGUUGGAACAUGA